GGAAGGCUCCAUAAACCAUUGCACCCAUUUCUACUGCGAUGGCGUCGCGUUUAGAAUCGUGAGCCGGAGCUCGGAGGAGAAAGGAGAGGAGGCAGGGGAUUGACUGAGGCCGAUGUUUUGGGAACUUUGUUUUUUCGGUGAAGGAGUGCGGAGUUCACUCAUGAUCGGGGAGAAUGGUGUGUGGGAGAGCGGAGUUUUGAGUGAUUGAUGGUAAAGCAUGAGGGAGAGCAGGGAGGAAUGGCGAGGCCGCUAUGGCGGCCUGGUCACGGGGGUGAGCUUCUUACGUCGCCUGUUGUGGAUGUUUGGGAGCAACAGCGGUGGUGCGAAGCGGUACCGUGGAGAGAAGGAGAAGGAGAAGAGAGUGAGCGCAGGAGGAGGAUUAGGAGGAGGCGGAGGUGGGGGGCUUUCGUUGAGUUCGAGUUCGCGGAGAGUGGCCGGGAUGUGGAUGGCGUUGGGGAUCAUCGGCUUGUCUGUGUUGAUGCUGUUGAACAAUGCGACUAUGAUUGGACAGCACGUGGAGAUGAGCUUGAACGCGAGCGCGGGGAUGGCAGAUCUGUUCCGGUUAGGGAGAGAGCGAGGGAAGGAUGUGAAGGUGAUGGUGUUGCCAGAGGUUGAGCGUAAAGUGUUGAAGCCGCAUCCGUGUGAGAGAUUCAAGGUACCGCAGCCCCCGGCAGAUCCUAAGCGCACGGGCCCGCGGCCAUGCCCAGUUUGCUAUCUGGACGAGGAGCUCGCUAUAUCGCAGUUGCCGGCGGAGGGGACGUAUCAGUCGCCCGUCUUGAAGCGAUUGACCUUCGUGAGCGAUCCGGAUGCUGCGAAGCGGCCCUCGCCAGGGGCACCUGGGUCAGCGUUCGGCGGUUACCCUAGCUUGGAGGAUCGGGCUGCCAGUUUUAACGUGCGGGAGGAGAUGAAGGUGAAUUGCGGGUUUGUAAAAGGACCAACGCCUGGCCUGGGGACGGGUUAUGAUUUUGACGAGGAGGAUCGACAGGCCAUGCUCGCGUGUCGGGGAGUGGUGGUGGCGUCGGCAAUUUUCGGAAAUUACGAUCAGCUGCAGCAACCUAAGAAUGUCAGUGAUGAAGCUAAGAAGUCGGUUUGCUUCUUCAUGUUUGUAGACGAGGAGACAGAAGCGUCGCUCGAUGAUUAUGAGAAUUUCAGAACCACGAAGCAGGUAGGGUUGUGGCGUGUCGUGGUGGUGCGCAAUCUGCCCUACAGGGAUGCCCGUAGAACUGGGAAAAUUCCCAAGCUGUUGCUUCACAGGUUGUUUCCGAAUGUACGUUUCUCAAUUUGGGCUGAUGGUAAGCUGGAGAUAGUGCAAGAUCCGUACAAAAUUUUGGAGAGGUUUCUGUGGCGCACCAAUGAGACCUUCGCCAUCUCGCAACAUUACAAGAGGUUUGAUGUGUUCGAGGAAGCUGAAGCAAAUAAGGCUGCUGCGAAGUACAACAACAAGUCCAUUGAUGAUCAAAUAAACUUUUACAAGAAAGAAGGGUUGACUCCGUACUCUACCGCGAAGCUCCCUAUCACGAGCGAUGUUCCUGAGGGUUGCGUGAUCAUUCGUGAGCACACCCCAAUUGCCAACCUAAUGUCGUGCCUCUGGUUUAAUGAGGUGGAUCGCUUUACUUCCCGAGACCAGCUCAGUUUUGGCAUUGUCCGUGACAAGCUCAUGGCUGCUGUGCCGUGGCGGGUGACCAUGUUCAAGGAUUGUGAACGUCGUAAUUUUGUCGUCCAGGUAUACCAUCGGGAUCUCCUUGUGCAGAGAGGAUUGUUGCCUGUUGCAAAUUCUAGUAGUGUAGCGGUAGUGAAGGAAGUGAAAGGUGACUCAAGUCCUGUCGUUGGCAAGCCAGUGGUUAAGAACCAUGCAUCGUCAGGAAAACGCAGCAGCAUCCGCAGGAAGAGGAGUGAAGAACGACGUCCAUGAUUGAGAAGGCUGGCGUUUUACUGAAACACCGGAUGGAUGAGAACUAGAAUUCCAAGCUUUACUUCGCUGAUCAUCAGAUAUUCUUGUAAUGCUGCCUGAUUCGAGUGCUUGAUGGAGGCAUCCUAAGGUAGAUACCUGGGGCUGUUGCUCAAGCAGGAUCAAUUGUGAGAUUUGCAGCAAGUAGAGGGGGAUGCAAACGGGUUUGACCUCAUGGGUUCAGGGGAGGGCUAAAAUCAGCCCUGGAAUAUUGAGAUCAACUCCGUUUUGAUUCCAACCGAGGCAAUCAAAGGUAACAUACUAUUCAAUUGAAAGAGGGAGAGAGGAAUAGGCUACUACUCGUCAUGUGCUCACGCUCAUGGCGGGUCCAAUUUUCUUGGUGAGGCGAGUUAAAGAAUGUGCGUGAUGGCGCAUUUGGAUCUUUACGAUUCAAGUGAUAAUUUUGCUGUUACACAGCUGUUCGGUGGAGCGGCAGAAUGUGAGUGAUGGCACCCUAUUUGUACCAUAUGAUGCCCUGAUGCUCCAUCAUGGGUAAUUUAUCUACAUUUAUCCCUAAUUCUUUUUUUUUGUAA